UUUUCAGAGCAGUUGAUAAAUCCGAAAAGAUGCGUUAUUUCGUGGGCAUGCUGCUGCUGUUACUGGUUUUGGAGGUGGUUGUGGAGUCAAGAAGAUGGAAAGGAAAGCCGGAUGUGUGCAGAUACAUGUUUGUGAACCCCAGAAUUGCGUUCAAGAAAUGCGGUGCAGCAUGCUGGAAGCGUAAGAAUUGCUGGGGAUACUGCGACGUAAAACACGGGCGCAAGCGAUGCAUAUGUGGGGAUUGUGAGCGAGCAUGCCCUCCGGCACCAACCGAACAACCGGCAACUAGCCCUCCGGCACCAACCGAACAGCCGAUAACUAGCCCCACGGCACAAAUUUCGAGAUUUCAAAUUAAGCUACCGACAACUAUGAUAUUUCCUACGGAUUUACCUUAUGAUGAGACUCAACUCGCAGACUACGACAAGUCUAUUAAAGCUCAGUUUCUGCAAUCAAUGACGCGACAUAAUAUCACUUACGGAGGAUUAGGACACAAUGUCCGCAGUCAAAAUACAAGUGGUAAUUUAACAACAUUUAUACUAUUACCAGAAUUCGACUGCAACUUGGCAACAAAAUUGGUCAAGGAAAUGAAGGAAUCGCUUCCUCAUAUAAUGUCCGCCGUUGUACGGUGUGAAGAUGGCGACAUUAGACACGUUUAA